CCAACCUCUUUGCUUCACCAUCCUCAAAAUGGCGGGCAGAGCUAAAGAUUUGAUCGCCGCAGAUGUUCAGAAACUGAUUACACUUUUGUCAGGAUUUUCUGUAAGUUGAUCUUCUGUUCUAACACUAUUAAUAGUUGAACCAUGCAAGUGAUCAUGUUGUUUGGGGUAUUUGUUUACGUUCUACUUUGACAGCAAGUAAACAUAACCUACAUCAAUUGUCAGUAGAAAAAUGCUUGAAUUUGAGUGGAAAAUUGUCAGUGAAUAAGUUUAAAAGAAAAAGAAGAUCCAGAAAAUUUUGAACUUUGUGAAAAGUUUGCAUAUUCAAAUUUGUUACAUCAUCGUUAUCUGUCUGUGGAUAGUCAUGCAGUCCGUCGUUCAGUGUUUGGGAUGGUCACAAAAUUUAUGAUUCAUGGCCACUUAGAAGCAUCUCGCCGUUUGGACUGUUUGCUUAAUAAAUAUAUGAAUUGCACUGUAUUCAAAGAUAAGGAAGUACAAUGGGCAGUGUUGUUUUUACUUGUGAAAUUGGCAGAUAAUCCAACAAGUCAUAUCAGUGAUGAAAAAUUUUCUGCACCGAAGGUAGAAGAAACUGAGGAUGCAUCAAAGCCUUUUGAUUGGACUACUUAUUCUCAUUUGUGUGACUAUCUCAAAGAAGGCAAUGAGGAAUUCAAUACUAACUUCUGUUCUUCUGACAGUGAAGAUUGGGAAGAUGUAUCUGAUGAUGAAAAGUCACCUAAGCCUGAAGACAGUGUUGAAGGAGUUUCUGAAGAUCCAGAAGUGCCAAAGGUACCAGCUGUUGAGGAGAAAAAGGAUACUGAAAGACAACAGUUAAUAGAAGAACUUGGUAGGCAAGUUAAUGCUGAAGAGUGGAUAUCUAAUAAUGUUCAGGCACCAUGGUGGAGAACAAAACAACUUGCAGAAAAAGUAGAAAGUGUGUUUCCUUCUGCUAAUUUGGCAAAGACAUGGGACAAAUGUUGUGAUGAAUCCACAUCUACAAUAAGUGAAUACAAAGUUGUUCGUGAAAUAUUAUGGAUGUUGCAAGCACCCACCACAACAACUCUUUUCCAAGAAGUCAAUGGACAGUUUUCUAUUCAAUCCAAUAUCACAAUUCCUAGUUUGACAAAGGAUUCUAUGGCAUGUUAUUUAAAUCCACUUUGUGAAUAUUUUAAUAUGCUAUACCAACUGCAAAAGUUUCAAAAGGAAAUAUAUCCAUUGGAUAGACAAAAUUCUGGAGAACUGAAUCAGAUGUUGCCUCCUUACACUUUUGAAUGCUAUACAUCUGCCAUUAUUGAAUUUUUGAGAGAAUUGCAAGAACUGGCUUGCUGCAUUGAGAAGAAAGUUAAAGCACAAGAGGACAUUUAUACUCUAUAUUCAUUAAACUUGGAAUUAGCUCCCAAAUUAUCACAACUUCGUGCAGUGUACAGUGUUCAUGUUACUGCAACUAAUGGUUGGAAAACAGCUGAAAAUUGGCUCAGUUCUGCAAGACUUCUAUCUGUGCUGUAUUCAGAAGCUUUAUCAUGCAUGGAGUGUGACACCCCGUGCAUCCUCCUGAGAGUAUUUUUGAAGUCAUUUGGGCCAUAUGUAGAUAUGAUUGAUGUGUGGCUCACAGAAGGAAGGCUAGAUGACUACAGAAAUGAAUUUAUUAUUACUAGAAGAAAUGAAACAGACAAUGAAAAUUGGGGCAGCAAUUUUGUAAUGAGAGAUUAUGUGACUGAACUAAAUUCAACUGGAAUUCGAGCCUUACCUCUCUUGCAAGUUAUCUCAGAUAGAGUGCUGCAUGCUGGACGAAGUAUGCAGUUGCUGCAACAGCUUGAUCGUUUGGAUGACAUGCGUUCCCAGCAUUCAAACCAUGGGCGCAUGUAUGCUGAAUUUCUUGAAGCUCUUGAGAAAGAAAUAGCACAAAUGGUUAAUAAGUCUACUACGACAGACAUGGAAAUUGUUGCUGUGACUGAAGAUUUGGAGUUCCAAGGAACCAAUUUGAUAUCUAAUCCUUUUAUAUCUGAAGUUACCAAUCAGUUGGAAAACUUGAAAGAUAACUAUAUGAUGCAGGCCUUCAAAGAUCACCUAUCAUUCAAGGCACAACCUAACAAAAGAGAUAUAGAAAAUCUAAGUUCAAUAGGAGAGGUAUUUCGAAAACUGGGAACCUAUUCAACUUGUGGGCUUAUUCCCAUUAAACCUGUGAUGGAACGUAUUAUUUCACAACUCAUUGAUGCAAAACAUGCUGCUGCAUGUUUUCUUGCAAAAACAAUAUUUUUACAAGAGUUCAAUUUGUCUACUCAUUUGGCUCUACUUCGUGCUAUCUAUUUAAUGGAAGCUGGUGACAUAAUGCAUCGAUUCUGCAUUUUCCUUUUUAAAGAUGCAGAGCAUAGUGUAUUCUGGUCCAAUUCCUACACAAUGACUGCUGAACUGGAAGAAUGCAUUAAUUUACGGUAUCCUGAUCACAGUUCAAAGUUUUCUGUCGUUGUUAGAGAAGAUGCUAAAUUAAAUGGCACUCCCAGUGUAAUGGAUGAAAUAAAUAUCAAGUACACUGUUGAAUGGCCACUGACUGUCAUUCUUUCUCCUACAAAUAUGGAAUACUACAAUGCAGUUUUCCAGUUUUUGUUGAAGGUCAAGUGGGCUUUAUGGGCUCUAGAAGCACUUCGCUUCUCAGAUCUGACAACUGUGAAAAACAAUACCAGCACCACAGAGGAUGCAGGGCUGCGUUGCCGGGCUCGCUGCUUGCAGUUGUUACGAUUUUGGCUGCUUCAUUCAGUGGGCUCAGUGCACACUUACCUCAUGGGGCAGGUGCUGCAUUCCCUGGGAUUGGAGCUGGAACGUGAUCUGGCUGCCGCAACGGACUUGGACACACUUCUACAGGCACACAACCGUUAUGUUGCUCUUGUCCACACACAUUGCCUUCAACCAAAGAGUAGUGAUGUCAUUAAAACAGCCAUUCUUCAGAUGGUGCAGCUAUCCUUGGAGUUGCGUGAUUUGUGGUGCUUGGGAGUGGACGUUGUGUCAGAUGCCAAGCUGAUAGGCAUGACUGAAAUGUACAUCAAGUGCCACUGUUUUCUAGGAUCCGUGCUCCAAACAGCUGUUGAGAGUAAUCGACUUACUCACUUGAAUGGGCUAAGUAUGGCAUUGAACACUUCACUACCAAAAAUAGAGUCAUUUGCUUUACAGUUUUGAAGAAAAUUUCGCAGCACUAGAUAUUUUAAGUUGGUGCUUUUCAGAACGUAUUCUAAUGUCGCUAGAAACAUAUAUACUUCUCGGCAGUAUUUAUGCCCAUGUAAUAGUAUCUAGUCAGUUGAGUACACACUUGUUAAAUUGCGUAUAUGUUUAGUAUACUUCAUAUUUUUUUCAUUCCAAAUAAUAAUAGAAGAUUAUUUAAACUCGAACUUAAAAGUGUAAUAUAGGCCUAGAACAGCUGCCAAAAUUAUCUCAAAUUUAGGUUUGAAGUCUUACACAGAAAGAGUUUUGUUGAAAUAUUGACAUUUGUUUCCCAUGUGAAGAAAUAGUCAACAAAUUUAUUUGUGAAAGAAUACAAGAAUUCAGGUGGGUGUCUCAAAUGCCAUUUCACUGAAAUUUUCAUUUCUAAAAAUCGUGCAAUAAACAUCAUGUUUAUUGCUUUUGAGUGAAAUGCAACUUAACUUGAAGAAUAAGAAGAAGCCAAAGAUGACAUAGUUCCCUCAUAAGAGGGUUUUAUUGAUGCAUAAAAUCACCCUCAAUGCAUGCAUGUGGAAGUCAGAUCCCAAGAAGUUGUUCUAUCAAUUCUACAACUGCUGCAUACUUGUACUGGAAAUAAUUGCAAUACAAUCGGAAAGCAUUUUGUUUCAAUAUAUAUUUAUGAUAUUACACUUCGGCAAACUGAGAAAGCUCUGAAUGCCAUCUUCCUGAACUGAUAAAAAAUUGAGUCUACAGUGAAGUGAGAUAAAAAGAAGAUAAAUUACAAUUGGGGGUAGAGGGCUAUUUUUAAUUAUAUUUCGAUUGUCUCAGAAAUUAACAUUUUAAAAUAAGUUACAUAAUCUGAAAAAUUCUAUGUGUAGAUUAAUCGGUAUAAAAAUAAUCAAUUCCAAGUUUUUGAUUAAUCAUAUAUACAAUAAUUGAUUGUUGUACUAAACAUGAUGAAGCCACCCAUCCCUACUUUAUUUAUCAUGGUUUCAAGCAUAAAUGCUGUGGUGAACCGCCCUGUACUAGGAAAUAGUUUAUACUAGGGAUGCGACAUUGCUGUCGAUGUUUUGAAAACAUCAAUGUUUUUAUAAAAAUAUCGAUGUUUUAAAGCCGAUGUUUUUUAACAUUGGUGUGUAGAGCUUGAAAUUUUUAAGUUUUCGAUUUUUUUUUUUGUAAAUGAAACCAUACAAUAAUCACUAAUUUGUAAGAGAUGAAGUAUUCACAUGUAACUGAUGGUUCACGGAUUCAUGGAUGAUGUUCGAACAGAUUGGAUCUUUAUCGAGUAGAGCAGAGCAGAGCAGAGCAUCUCUUGGUUGAGCGAUUACCCCGAUCCCCCGAUGUUUCCUUUGCCUGUCUUCAUAUUACGCGGAGAGUCAUCAACGUAUGAGGCGCUUAUCUAUAUAUAUAUGUCCCAAGUUUACACAUCACAAUUUUGAAGAUGAUGUACAUACGAAUAUAAAACAGGAGGAAUGUUAUUUUUCAAGUUUUCUUCAUUCUGGGAAAAACAUUAAUUUGUACCACUGUUAUAAAAGCUGUACUUGUAAUAAUUCUUUUCCAGUCCAAUGGAAGUAAACUAUUUAAUGAACAUUACCAGAGUGUAUAUUGGCGAGCAUUUAUACAAUUUUCACAGCAUAAUUUUAUAUAGUAAUGUUUUCACAAGCCAGGAAACACAGCUAAUAUAUUUUCUUAUUGUAGAAAGCUUAUAGACUUGUUACUAUGUAACAAAUUGUAAAAUAGUUAUGUGUAUCUUUUGUACAUGCUUGAAAUGUUCUAAUGUAAUGCAAAUAUUAUUAAUUCUAUUAUGUACCCAAUACUCAAAAGUUAAAUUAUAUCAAAACAUUAUUUGAACAAAAAACAUUUAUUACUCAUCUCUAAAUUACUGAAAAACUUGCUUGUGUGCACUAGUUUUUCCAAACCCAAGAUAUAUGUAUUGACAUAAAUUAUUUUCACAGUACCUGAUGAUCACUGAAAAUGUUAAUGUUAUUUAGACUUAAUUGUAAGUGAAGAUAUUCCCUGAAUUUACAUCACCGGUGUAACAAUGUUACUUUCUAAUAGUAAUGAGUCAUUGCUUUCAAAAAGGUGUUUAUAGUUGUGCAUUAACAAUAAUUGGUAACUAUCAUCUGACUGUGAGAUUAUUUACAGAAAAAAGUUAUUAGGCAUGUUCUUGAUUUCAUGAAUAUCUUGAUAAUGUUCUUGAAUUUUUUAAUUGAAGUUUAUAAAUAAGAUUACGAUUUAUAUUUCUUUAUUAGUUUUGGUAAUGUCCACAAUAUUAUAAAGAAUGUUGUAGUAUAUAUAGAUUAUUUAUAGAAUCUCCAGAUGUUUAAUAUAAGGGGUAGUGAAUUCAAAAAAUUUGAAUGAGGGAGGUUAAAUCUGAAAAAAAAUUAAAUAAUAUCUACUGUUUAUUUUCAUUAAUACACCAAAUUAUAAAGCACUGAAUAAUUUAUUAUAUGAAAGGGUUCCAGCAUGAUCAUCACAAUUAAACUGAGUACAGUUACAAUUUCAGCAGCAUCUGAUUAUUUGCUUGUGAGAGAAUGAUAAGCUUAUAUAUGUGUCAUAUGUUAUAUGUAUAACAUACAAAUUUGAUAUUGGAUGCUUCAAUAAAACUUUUCGUCUAUUUUUUUUUAAUAAAUGCCUAGUGGA